AUGAACUGGAUCUCUGGAUUUCGUCAACUCUCGUCAAUCUCUAAGCCCUUUCGUCGAAUUGAGUCCGCAAGACAAUCUGCUCUGAGAAUGGCUGCUCUUCCUACUACCUACGAGGGCUCGGUCCCAAUCGCUGUCAUCGGUGGCACAGGCUUGCGUGAGCUCCCUGGAUUUACUCAGGUUGCUUCGCUCUCUAUCUCUACUCCCUGGGGCGAACCCUCCUCUCCCAUUACUAUCCUCCACCACCACUGCAAGCACAAUGACAAGGUCGUCGCGAUUGCCUUCCUGAGCCGUCAUGGCUCGCACCACCAGAUCGCCCCUCAUGAGGUCCCUGCCCGUGCCAAUAUCGCUGCCCUGCGCUCCAUCGGUGUUCGUAGCAUCAUUGCCUUUUCGGCGGUCGGCAGUCUGCAAGAGGCUAUUAAGCCCCGUGACUUCGUUAUCCCCGAUCAGAUCAUUGACCGUACUAAGGGUGUGCGCCCUUGGACUUACUUCGAGGGUGGUAUGGUUGCGCACGUUCCCUUCGGUGAUCCUUUCGAUGAGGGUAUUGCCAAGGUUGUUCGCGAAUGUGGACACAGCUUGGAGGGCGACGGUGUUGUUCUGCACGACCGAGGCACUAUUGUCUGCAUGGAGGGCCCUCAAUUCUCUACCCGCGCUGAGAGCAACAUGUACCGUUCCUGGGGUGGUAGCGUGAUCAACAUGUCCGUUCUGCCCGAGGCCAAGCUCGCUCGCGAAGCCGAGAUUGCUUACCAGAUGAUCUGCAUGUCCACUGACUACGACUGCUGGCAUGAGGCCACUGCCGAUGUCACCGUUGAGAUGGUCAUGGGCCACAUGAAGGCUAACGCUGAGAAUGCGCGCCGCUUCAUCACUUCCGUGCUUGAUGCCCUUGCUAGCGAUGAGCAUUCUGAUCUUGUUCAUGCUAAGCACCUGGCUGGCUCGGUCAAGUUUGGUAUCAGCACCCCUCAGCCAUACUGGAGCCCCGAGGCCCAGAAGAAGCUUAACUGGCUGUUCCCCGGUUACUUCCAAUAG